UAGCUGCGGAAGAGGCUUCAGUUUAUUGUGUAGCUGCUGUGGGCAGCGGAGCUGUAAUACGGCAGAGAGAGAAAGAGGAAAAUAAAGUCAUUUUAAGUAAUAGUGAGCCAAGUGAGACGUAAUUUCAGGCAAGGUUGUUGUAUCCACAAACGAAGAAUAAAUUCUCUUCCCUGCCUUUUUCUUACCGCCUGGUUUUCUUGCCCUCCCAAAUAUCUGAAGUAAAAUCGAUGUGACGGGCUGAUGUCCCGGUACUGUCGCUGUGUAACGUAAAGAAAACCGAGGAUCCGCAAAAUAAGACACCAGCAUAAGAAGAUAUACCUUUCUGCCUGGAUUUGACGCGUAUACAUAUAUUUUUUUAAAGGACGCAGACGUGUUACCAACUCCAAAAGUUCACCAGGCUUUCUUUGUAACCGACACAGGAUUGCGAGGGGCAGAGAUGCGGGUUUUAAUGUCUUGACAAGUGAUAUGUUUUUCUUCCGUUACUCGGAAUUUUCCCAGAGGAAAUUUCGAUUAGAGGAGAAAUGUCUUCAAGAAACCAGUUCCUGCUUGGUGCUGUAAGCAAAGGCAAAAUAAUCAAAUAUUAAAGGUUAGGAACCGACUCGACAGCGUCGUGCCUUGCUCCGAUACUUCAAUGGAUUUUUUUACGCGCACACCAUGCCAGUAUUGAACUGUCAAAACUCAAGGUUUUGCUUGAGAUUUCAAAAAAAACCUGUGUUUUUGAAGUAGUGGGAGACAAUCUGAAAGCACCGGGGUUUUAUUUAUCGCGAGUAUGAUAUUUUUGGAGUAGCAAGACGGCUAACUAGGUCAGAAAUGACGACCGUUGAUCUUCAAACCUGAUUUUUUGUGUGCGGGUAUUUUAUGUGCCCUCGGUACUCCGGAUACUUCCACUCACAAGUUUGCGAAACGAAAUGGCUGUAAAUCUGUUCCUGGACACAGAAAAUGAGGAAUCCGUACACCUCGACGUGCCUCCAGUAAGAGUAUUAUUACGAUCUUGAAAAGACGACCUUUCUUUCCACCAUUGCGCUUCGAGAGGAGUGCUCUGCAGUCAGUUUUUGCUGUGCAUUUUCGUUUUUGUUUUGUUUUUAACCAGAAACAAAUGAAAUCCGAUUUGAUGGGACUUCUGUCACAGGUGGUGCGGUGCGACAAGACGCCGGACAAAUUUAAAAAACAUGACAAACGCGGAAAAUGUGAUGUGGUUGACGGAGGAGCGUAACAUCUGAUAAACAAAAAACCACAACAACUGGACGCUUAAAAGAAGAGCUCCGAGGCAAAUAUAUUAACUUGAAUUCCUUGAAGGAGGGUGAGAAAUGGAGGCAGUUGGUGAUUUUGAGUACAGUAGGAAGGACCUUGUCGGACACGGAGCCUUUGCAGUGGUAUUCAAAGGCCGACAUAGGAAGAAGACGGACUGGGAGGUGGCUAUCAAGAGCAUUAACAAGAAGAACCUGUCCAAAUCUCAGAUCCUGCUGGGCAAGGAGAUCAAAAUACUCAAGGAACUUCAACAUGAAAACAUUGUGGCUCUCUACGAUGUCCAGGAAACACCGAACUCUGUCUUUCUGGUCAUGGAGUACUGCAAUGGAGGGGAUCUGGCAGACUAUUUGCAAGCGAAGGGCACUCUGAGGGAAGACACGCUCCGGGUGUUCCUGCAGCAGAUCGCUGCCGCCAUGCGUGUCCUGAACAGCAAGGGCAUCAUCCACCGGGACCUCAAGCCACAGAACAUCCUGCUGUCCUAUGUGGGGCGCAAGAAGUCCAGCCUCAAUGGGAUCCGGAUCAAAAUAGCUGACUUUGGUUUUGCCCGAUACCUGCAGAGCAACAUGAUGGCCGCCACACUGUGCGGGUCCCCCAUGUAUAUGGCUCCUGAAGUGAUCAUGUCUCAGAACUACGAUGCCAAAGCUGACCUGUGGAGCAUCGGGACUGUCAUUUAUCAGUGUCUGGUGGGGAAACCACCCUUUCAGGCAAACAGCCCCCAAGACCUCAGGCUUUUCUAUGAAAAGAACAAGACCCUGGUGCCUAACAUCCCCAGGGAGACCUCACCACACCUGGGCAACCUCCUGCUGGGCCUACUGCAGAGGAACCAGAAGGACCGCAUGGAUUUCGACACGUUUUUCAGCCAUCCUUUCCUGGACCCUUCAUCAACCAUUAAAAAAUCUUGCCCGGUGCCCGUGCCAAGCUGCCCCAGUUCCGUGUCCGACAGCUCCUGUGGCAGCUCCCCCUCCUGUCGCUUCGCCUCGCCACCUUCUCUGCCAGACAUGCAGACUCUGCCAGAGGAUGUGCUCUCCUCGCCACCGCUUGGCCCCCCCAACUACCUGCAGCUGUCCAAGGAGUCGGGGGGCAGCACCAGCAGCAAGAACUCCUCCUGCGACACCGACGACUUCGUCCUGGUUCCCCACAUCUCUGCGGAGCAGUCCUAUGACCUGCCAGUGGGAGCAUCAGGGAGGCGGCCGUCCAGUGAGUUCCUGCUGUGCGGAGGACAGCCGCAGCCCUCGUCCGGCCAGCCCCCCGCGGUGUCGCCCCGUGCCGAGACCACCCCCAUCCCGGUUCCCACCCAGGUUCGCAACUACCAGCGCAUCAACCAGAACCUGUCCAGCAGCCCCACGACCACGCUCUACGGCUCCCCCAGGUCGGGCACGGUGCGCAGGUCCAACACCAGCCCCAUGGGCUUCACCAAGGUGGGCUCAGGCUCACCGGCGGCUGCAGAUGUGCCUCAGACGGUGGGCAGGCGUCUGUCCACUGGCUCCUCGCGGCCAUACUCUCCCUCCCCGCUGGUGGGCACCAUCCCCGAGCAGCUGGGACACUGCUGCUGCGGGCACCCCCAGGGCCACGAGCCGCGCAGCCGGAGCUCGUCGGGAGGUUCCCCUGUGCCCCCCUCUCAGCUGCUGGGUGCCCGGCUGCAGAGUGCACCCACCCUGACCGACGUCUACCAGAACAAACAGAAGCUCCGCAAGCAGCUCUCAGACCCUGUGUACCCAUCAGCUGCAGCCUAUCCCAGCAGCCACUCUCCCCAGCUGAGCCGCCCUGGUAGUUUCGGCACCUCCCCCACCAAGCACCUUGGCUCCUCCCCCCGCUCUUCUGAUUGGUUACAGAAGACCCCGUUGCCCACCAUCAUUGGUUCACCUACCAAGACGAAUGCCCCUUUCAAGAUCCCCAAAACCCAGGCCUCAUGCAACCUGCUGGCCCUGGCUGCUCAGCAGGGCGUGGCGGACAGCUCGGCCCCCAGCAAGGCCCACGCUGACCUCCGCGACCUCUGCCCCUACCAGUGCUCUCCGUACCUGGGGGCCCGUCAGGCUGCCCCUGAGCACAGCAGGGCCGCCUUCGGCAGGUCUGUCAGCACAGGGAGGCUGUCGGAGCCUCCGGUCCGGAUCACGCUGGGGGGACAGCCCUGCCAGGGCAGCACUGACAGCCUCAAUGCCGAGAGACCCAUGGACACAGCUCCAGCUGGAGCCUGUGCAGGGCUCCCCACGACUGGCUCGAGCCCCCGCACGGUGCUCUUCACUGUGGGGUCACCCCCCAACAGCGCCACCCCCCCCACCUGCAGCCAGCAGGGCACCCGACUUCGCACCACCUCAGUGGGCUCCAACAGCUCCGCCGGCUCGCUCUGCUCCACCAGCGGCCGGAUCUACAUGGGCUCCCCCCCGGGCAUGGUGGUGGGCACUUCGCCGCCCGCGGCCGAGGCGGCGCCCAGCAGCCUGCGCUACGUCCCCUACGGCACGUCCCCCCCGAGCCUGGAGGGCUUCAUCACGUUCGAGGCCCCGGAGCUGCCCGAGGAGACGCUCAUGGAGCGGGAGCACACGGACACGCUGCUGCACCUGCGCAUGAUGCUGUCCUUCACGGACUGCGUGCUGGAGAUUGCCGCGGCGCGGGGGGCCGGGGGGGCCGAGCUGGGGGUGUCGGCCGCCUCCCUCUACCCCCCCCAGGACAGUGUGGUCGUGGACCAGAUCAGCCAGCUCAGCAAAGACUGGGGGCAGGUGGAGCAGUUGGUCCUGUACAUGAAAGCUGCGCAGCUCCUGGCCUCUUCCCUGCACCUGGCCAAGAACCAGAUCAAGUCCUCGAAGCUCAACCCCUCCACUGCUGUCAAACAGGUGGUGAAGAGCCUGAACGAGCGCUACAAGACCUGCAUCUCGCUGUGCCGCCGCUUCACUGACCGGCUCAACCACUUCUUCUCCGACAAGCAGCGCUUCGUGGACGAGAUCAGCAGCGUCACCGCGGAGAAGCUCAUCUACAGCCACGCGGUGGAGAUGGUGCAGUCGGCCGCCCUGGACGAGAUGUUCCAGCAGACGGAGGACAUCGCCUACCGCUACAACAGGGCUGCCCUGCUGCUGGAGGGGCUGUCCAAGAUCCUGCAGGACCCGGCCGACAUCGAGAACGUCAACAAGUACAAGGCCAGCGUGGAGCGCCGGAUCUCCGCUCUCUGCUGCUGCACGGUAGCUCUGUACGAACAGCCCUGAGGGACCACCCACCUUGCCUGACAGGGGACCACUUCACAUCUGGGCAGCGGCAACAGGGACAGCAUUGAGGAAAAGGAAUCCCAAGUUCUUUUGUAGCUGUUUCAGCACCUUUUAAGUUUGUUUUUAAAACUGAAGAGCAAAUAGUGUUAUUUCUUACUGCGAUAGGGCCUUACUGCCCAAGCAGGAGAGAUGAACAACCUGACUACCAAAGAAAUGGAAGAGGGGGAGAAGUCCUGGAGGCGAAAGAAACCCCUUUUCUAUGCUCCAGAAAGCAACUUCCACCAUUCAGGAACUUCAGGGGCAAAUUAGAGGACAAACAGAUCAAAAUUCAACAUGAUUUUAAAUCAUCCUGAUGAAGUUCACUCACAACGGAGGACUUUACAACGUUCAACGUUUUAUUACAUUUCUUAUUGUAACUGUUGCUAUUGUUCUUCUUAUUGCAAUUAUUUAUUUGUUCAGGGGAUUAAAUCAGCUGUUUUCAAGGGAUGGCAAGGAGGUCAACUUGCCUGUUUGACAUCCCUGGAUCUGAGAAAAUCGACACAAGUCUGAACUGUUACUCCUGAAGGAAAAAAAUAGAAAAUUACUGACUUGGGAGUAAGGUGUGCACACACAUGCUCACAAGGUGAGUGUGAUGAGUUGCAGGAGAGUAUGUAAAUUUGUAAUUAGUGUUUUUUUUUUUGUUACCAAGAUGCACUUUAUUAUCGAUGAAGAGGAGGAAAUCAGUGGACAGUUGUCCUUAGUUGGACAGAUUUGGUAUUCAGCUGGGUUUUGGGGGAGUAGCAGGGGUGGAACAACAAACCCCUGAGCAACAGCCUCACCGCACGCAACUGUACAACACACAGGCUGACUUGAAAAACUGUUGUGGCAUUUGUGGGACUUGAAAUAUUCCUUGAGUCGCCAAGAUCAAGGAUAAAUACCAGUCUUCCCGACUGGCAGUUACGCUGAAAUCCCUGAUUUGGGAAAAUGGGGAAUUAAAGAAACACAUUUUGAAAAUGAACUUUUUUUUUUUCUUCCUGAAGUGGUUUCAGUGCAGGUACAGUAAUUCUGGAGCGGGCUCAAGUCUUAUCCUGGAGAUCUUGCUCCCAAUUUGAAUCAAAAUAUUCAUAUUACUUGAGUACAGUAGUUGCUUUUUGUUUAAGAUGGAAGAUUUUUUUUUAAUGUUAAUACUGUAGUUUUUAAUCUUUUGUUUUUCAAAGCAAUUAAGUGUUUGCAACAUGUAAAUAUUUGAAUGUUGUGCAUGUGACUUUCCUGGAUGAGUGCGCGAGCUGUGUGAAUUUGGAGACCGUGAGUGUUGCUAUCGGAUGCGCUGUCUUUUUCGUGGAAGAGCACAAACAUUUCACAGAUGAAUGACUUUCACUGUUGCUGUUACUGCCAUGGUGUUACUUGAACGCAGCUGCAGGCUGUGAGGAGAGGGGGGAGCUGGGCGUUGGAUCCGGACCUUGACAAGGGCGAUUUCCGAAAUUCUUCCAAGGAGUAGGUCCGAUGAGGGGCGAUGUGCUUUCCAAACAAAGGAAUGUUUGAUUCUGAAACAAUAAGCAGAUGCUUGUGGCAGUAUUACCAUGACAGUACCCGGGAGGUAUGCACCAGGGCCUGUUCAGAAAUAAAUUCCUCUGUAAGGAAUGUACAGAUGGGCGUUAAAAGGCAGUUGCCUGGAGAACAGCUUUCUCUCCCCUGGAAGUGUGAAUGUUGCCUGGUGUUACACUGUAACACUGCAGCACAACUUACAGUAAUGGCAGGUUCUUCCCUUACUGUACUUUUUACAACGUCUCUGUUUCUGUAAUUGACCUGAUCUACAAACCAGCCCUUCCCCCAGCUUGAGAUCACCCCAAACCACAAAAGGCCUUGUCUAUAAAAUUAAUACAUUGUUAGAAACUCGCGUCCUCUGUACAGUUUUAGCACAAUCCCAUGCUUAUCAUAAUAUCAUUUGUAGUGUAGAUAACCUAGCCACACUUUAAGAUAUACUGAAUAAGGUACUGUAAGAUGGGCCAAGUGGCCUCCUCGUUUAUAACCGUCCUGGUCUCCCAGCUCACGCACACCGAGGCAUUAAACACCUGGAAGAUUUAGUGUAAAAGCAGGCAGUACCAAGCACGGCUUCCAUCCCUGAUGUGAUGAACAAACCACGUUUUCACACCUUGGUACUGUGUGCUCGAGACUUUUUAUUCCAUAGAGUUUCCCAAGCGGUCACUCUUGAAAGUGCAAAUGUUUUAAAUGAUUAUCCGUUUACACCCGAGGCAUUUCUUUGCUCUGUUGUGAACCUCAAAACUGCAGCCUUUGGCAAUUAAAAAGAAAGCCUGGAACCCUGCGUUUAAAAAUGUGUUUUUACUCUCUUCAAUCGGGGAGCCGGUUUGAAACUGCAAGCCCUCCUGGCGUGUCCUCUCGAACCCACUGGCCGACUUGUCGGUUCUGUCUGGAUGGUGUUUUUGAUUUGUCUUUCAAGCUCUCGGUGCUUUAUCCUUCCGGGCCUUAAGCAUUGCUCCACUGCUGCCUGCAUUUCCAAUUUCUGAUCGCCCGUGUAUCAAAAUCUACUUCAAUACGUUUAAAGGGACUUCCUGGCAUUUUCAAGGCACGAAGCACAGGAAAAAAGAAAACGGACCUCAAGACUGCAGAUAACGUGGCUGAAGGUCGCUAAUGGUUGCAUUGUGACUUGAUGCAAAAAUUAGCCUUGUUGGCUUUUAAUUUUUCGCCUUAAAGAAUUAAAAAGCCUUGAUGGGCUUAUACUCUUC